AUGGAAGCGCUAAGUUCUGGCCUGUAUUUCUUGAUCUGGAGUCUUUUAACGGUUCGAUGUUCGAUGGCAUCGGACAGGAUUAGAAAUAUCUUUGUUUCACCAGAAGGCAUGGACGUUAAAACUUGUGGAAAGGAGAGUCAACCGUGUCUAUCGCUGGAUUUCGCCAUCUCAAUCGCACGUGAAAGUGGAGCAAACUCAACACAGAUAAAAGCAGCAGAAGGAAACUACACCCUGACAAAGAGUUACAGAUUUACAAAUGUGGAGAACUUCGGUAUGGUAGGGCAGGGUUCGACUCCAAAAGAUGUACAAAUCACUUGUAAAUCAAAUGUGAGCUUGUCUUUUGUUCUGAGCGAAAAUAUAUUUUUCGAAAGAAUCAUGUUGCAGAAUUGUGGAGGUUGGCAAAAGAGCGCAGUUAGAGCAAAGAAGCCUUAUAGCGGACUCGAUGGAGUAAAUUUCAAAACAACCCUAGAUUUUAGAUAUUGCAAGAACAUACGCUUCUACGGCGUCGAAAUUUUGUCUUCAUCGGGCCUCGCUGUCAACUGUUAUGACUGUGGAGGCGUAGUAAACUUCACAAACAGCGCGUUUACGGAAAAUACUGCGCGCUACAGUAACGCAACGCAAAGAAAUUUAAGUCGCAGUAUCGAAGACAACUUCUUUGGAAAUCAAAGUAAAAAUUACGUGUUCUCUGGAGGUGGUGUUUAUUUAGGCUUGGAUCCGUACGGUUCCAAUACAGUCCAAGUCUCGCCAAGUAAACAUGAUUCAUACCAACAUAACAAUACAUACAUUUUUCAAAAUUGCCGUUUUCUCGGAAACGAAGCCUUGUGGCGUAAUAAAAGUAAACAAAAUGACUUUGUUGACACACCAGAGCUUCCGUUCAGUCGAGGAGGCGGUUUGGCAAUUUACUUUCGAUCGAAUGCUAGUGGAUGCCUAGUUGACGUAGAAUCGUGUGCUUUCAUCAGAAAUCGUGCGGACUGGGGAGGAGGUCUCAUGCUCGAAAUGAAAGAAGAGAGUAGAAGGAAUUUAUUCACAAUGGCAAACACCAUUUUUGACAGCAAUAAAGGACGUAUGGCCGGUGGAGGUAUUCGAAUCGGAAACUUUAUCAAGGGAAGCGGACGCGGUCUCAAUACAUUUUCUGUAAUCAACUGCUCGUUCGUGAGAAACGAGGCUAUAUGGGGAGGAGGGGCAUCGAUCUUUGGAACGACCAUUCCUGACACAACCGCGUAUGACUUAACCCAGUUCUACUUCAACGAGUGUCACUGGAGUGAGAACACUGGAACAGUUGGAGCUGCCAUGGCUUCUUUUCUCUCCAAUCAGAAUGAAGAUCAAAUCGGACCUGAAAUUCCUUACCAGGUAACCUUGAAUUUCUCAACGUUUCAGGGUAAUCGAGUGAUGCGUAAAGAACAACUGGUGACCAUUGGAGAAGGCGCACUUUACAGUAUACAAGUGCCUCUGAUAUUCCAAGGAAAUGUGACAUUCUUUAACAACACCAACUCGGCCAUGGCCCUUGAUGGUUCCACUAUGGAAAUAUGCGGGAACGUACACUUCAUCAACAACACAGGAUUUAGAGGCGGUGCAAUAGCUAUGUACGGACGUUCGAGGAUUUUUUUUAACAAAAAUUCUUACCUACUCUUUGACGGUAACAAGUGCGACGACAGAGGUGGGGCUUUGUACAUCUUCGCCCCCGGACCACCACUUGUUGGUUUCAAUGCAACUGGUAUAAAUACGCACAUUUGUUUCUUCGGGUACUCGGAUGCUUCUGUCGACUUCGAUGACUGGGAAACGAGGGUUAUCUUCCAGGGCAACAAAGCAGCGUUUGCAGGGAAUUCAGUUUACGCCACUACGCUAAAGAACUGUCGACGAGCAGGUGAACCGCGUCUAAACAACUCCGUUUUGCAGUGGAAAUUUGUGGAAUUCAGGAGCGCCGAUGGACAGAAAACCUUCCUAACAAAGGAGGUCACCACUGAACCAGUUAAAAUAGAGUUUGACAGAGAGGACUGGUCGGUGGCCCCGAGUGAGGUUUUUAAUGCCUCUUUAUCAUUGCUCGACGAGAUUGGUAACUCCGUCGUUGGUAGCAUCAAUGUAAGAGUAAUUCCUCUUCAGGAUCAAUCCUCGAUUUAUUUGCACACGUCUUCGCCCUUAUUCAUUGCUAAUGGAAGUGUUUCCAACGUUAAACUCGCUGGGAAAGCUGGAGAAAAGUUUUCGGUGAAACUGUGGUACAUGGGGAGAGGACUAUUAACUGAAACGAUCUCUAACUUAUCACUUAAACAGUGUAAUCCAGGAUUCAUGGCAGAGGAGAAUACUUGCGUUUGCAAGGAUACCACCGAUGCUGGUGUAUCCAGUUGUGAGUCGGACGGGAAGACAUUUUAUCUUAAAUAUGGAUACUGGGCAGGACUAGUCAAUGGAGCAUUUGUUACUCAUUUCUGUCCUAAUGGAUACUGUAACAUAAGUGAUCAUCCUUCGACCGAACAGAAAUAUGAUUCCGGGAAACUUUGCAAUGAGAACAGAAAUCAGAGUAGCGUGCUUUGUGGCGAGUGUAAAGCGAACUAUGGCGUGCUAUUCGGAGGGGAACACUGUUCUAACACUUGUUCCAACUGGUAUUUGUUGCUGCUGAUUUUGUACGGAGUGAUCCUGUUGAUUGUCGUCAUGGGUGUCAUGUUGAUCAACCUCGAUUUCUUCACUGGAUAUUUGAACGCAUGGGUGUAUUCCUACCAAGUCAUGAACGUUAUUACCCCUAGUGGCUUCCAGUUCGACCCUUUCAUCGAGUUUCUCAUCGGUCUGGGAAACUUCCAAUUCAAAAUAGGCUCUGCUCGGUCUGGUGGGAUUUGCUUUGCCGCUGGUCUAGACGAUGCAGACAAAUUGGCCAUUAUGUACGCGCUACCAACGUUCGUCUUGGUUCUAGUAAUGCUGUUAGCUAGGGCUGUAGGUAAUCAUCCCAACUGGUGGUUCAGCAAACGUGUCAGAGCCGCUCCUUUCCGAGCGUUUUGUACCAUUUUUGUGCUCUGCUACACUGACAUCACCAGAAUCUCACUGCGAAUCCUACAUUUUGCAAAAUUUGGGUCCACCUACGUGAUGUACGCAAAUGGCAACAUUGGGUACUUCUCAGGAAAACAUAUUGCCUAUGGUGUUUUAGCAAUCCUAUAUAUUCUGAUCGUGGUAAUUCCAUUUCCGAUGAUCCUCUUGUUUCGCAGUUACCUCACUCGAAAACUGCUUUUUGUGGUGAAUCUAAAUCGAUGGAAGCCGAUAUUCGAUGCCCUUCAGAGCUGCUUCAAGGACCAGUACCGUUGGUGUGCUGCCUUUUACUUUCUAUGCCGAUUUAUACUGCUGGCGAUCAGCACUCUUGCGCCCUCAGGAGCUGUUAAGAGAGCCUUGUUGGAAACUGCCUGUGUCCUCAUCCUCCUGAUCUUUGCGUUCUUGAGGCCCUACAAGGAAGCUGCUGAUGUCAAGGAAGAUGAAGAAAGCUACGAGUGGAUCAACAAAUCAGACGUGGCACUACUGACAACACUGUCGCUGAUCGCCAUUUUCAGUUCUGCCAUUGAUGCUAGCCUGUCGAAUAAGACCAGGGCCGGUUUGAGAGUAUUUGUCUACGUGUUGGCCUAUGUUCCUUUGCUGGUCCUUGGCAUGGUAACGUACAGAAACGUGAGCAGAUGGCGCCAAAAGAAGACUCUGGUAAACGAAUUACGCGAACCAGAGCUCUCCGUGACAGACAUGUCGGAUGAGACAACUGUAGCUGACAACCAACCUGUGUAA